AAGCGAAGCAACAAGGAGUUGUCUCACAUCGCCGUCUGUAAACGUUUGCAUAAACAGUUUUCCUUCCUUAACUUGCCCUCUGUUCUUCCAGCAGUGUAUUCUUCAUAGCGCCGCUGGAGCAAUUGUCUUCUAUCAACUCUAAUUCUUCACCUAGUGCAGGUAUUGUGCUUGUACAUAUAUGCCUACCUGAAUUUCGCGUCCCUAGCGUAUCUGACGAGCUUCGUGACAUCGGACCAACGACAGACACAAUGCCGCCGCCAUAUCCCACGCCACCACAACGCGAUUCCUGGUUCGCCCCUCUCUCGAUUGACCUCAUCGUCAAGGUCUUCAAGACCACCUUCUUUCACCCCUUUGUAGCAUGGAUCAUUCCGCUCUGCUUCCGCGCCCAGAACAUGUUCUGGGAUGCGCCGCCAAUGCUCGUCUCUAUCGGCUGGGCAUCGUUCAUCACACUAUGUUGGAUAUUUGGGGUGAUCAACGACAGGCUGGCAUUCGGUCUUCCGCGCGAGGUCGACCUCAGCGAGGAGGUGAUCGUCAUCACGGGCGGCGCCAGCGGGCUGGGCCUGCUGAUCGCCGAGGUAUACGGGAUGCGCGGCGCCACCGUUGCCGUGCUGGACGUGGAGGAGAUGGAGAAUGGCGAGGCACGGGGUGUCACAUACUACAAGUGCGACGUGACAGAUAAGGAUCAGGUCGCGCGGGUGGCGGCUGAGAUUGAGAGAGAUCUUGGCACCCCGACGGUACUGAUCAACAACGCGGCGAUCGUCAUCGGCAAGCCUCUCCUCUCGCUCACAUUCCCGGAGAUCGAAAAGUCCAUAUCCACCAACCUCCUCAGCCACUUCUACACCCUCAAGACCUUCCUGCCCGCUAUGGCGCGCAGCGAGGUCGGCGGUACCAUCGUGACUGUGUCCUCGGUGAUCGGUACGGUCGGCGCCGCCCAGCUGACUGACUACGCCGCGGCGAAGGCAGGCAUCUCGGCGCUGCACCGGUCGCUCGCCGCCGAGCUGCGGCAGUCGCACCCUCAGAUCCGCACCGUGCUGGUCACGCCCGGCCAGUUGAGCACCCCGCUCUUCUAUGGCGUACAGACACCCAACUCCUUCCUCGCGCCCGUAGUUGAGCCGGUCGACGUGGCGAAGGAGGUGAUCGCUGCGAUCGACGCUGGGAGGAACGCGGCGAUUGGAAUGCCGCUUUAUGCGAGGUGGAUUGACUGGUUGAAUGUGCUUCCGCUUGGGCUUCAGGCGGUGGCUAGGAGGCUGUCAGGCGUGGAUACCGCCAUGAAGACAUUCGUGGGGAGGAAGGGUGCGAAGAAAGAGGGGAAGGGCCGCGUGCUGAUACAGGGAUUCUGAGGGGAUUGUAUGAGGUGUUGGCGCCGGCGCCGGCGCGGGACUGAACUGGACUUGACUUGACACUGUAUAAGAGAUGUAGCUGUAUUGAGACGGAGCAUGUACGAAGACUGAGGAAUAGCGGACGUUUAACGUGGAAACGUCCUCGUGAACUAGC